AUGAAUAGAACACCAAUUGAAUCAAUUAAAAUUACUAAAGAUCGAUCAUUAUUUACACAAAAAAUGGUUGAUAUUGGAGAAAAAGUUGCACCAUAUCAAGUUGUUAAAUCUCUUGAACAGGCAGUAAAAUCAGCUGAACAAUUGGUAUGUUUUCCUGAGGAUGAUCGUGUUUCAGGUUUUAUCGAGAAUCGUGAUGAAUUAAUUUCUUUACUUAAUUCAAUCUUACCUGAUUUAUCAAAAUUAUUAAUUGAUAAAUCACUUAAAGAUUGGAAAAAAAUUGAAUAUGAAGUUGUUCGAGAUCAAUAUGAUAAUUGUAUUGUGAUAUGUAAUAUGGAAAAUAUUGAUCCAUUAGCACUACGUACUGAUUAUUCAAUUGUUGUUGCACCAAGUCAAACAUUAUCAAGUGAUGAAUAUAAUUUAUUACGAAGUGUAUCAAUUAUAGUUAUUCGUCAUUUGGGUAUUAUUGGUACAUGUAAUGUACAAUUUGCAUUGAAUUCAUUAUCUAGUGAAUAUUAUAUAAUGAAAGUAAAUGUAGGAUUAUCUCAUUCAUCUGAAUUUACAUCAAAAGCAACUGGUUAUCCAUUAGCAUAUAUAACAGCUAAACUUGUACUUGGAUUGAAUUUAGCUGAAUUAUCAAAUGAUAUUACAAAUACAACAUGUUCUUGUUUUGAUCCAAGUCUUGAUUAUGUUGCAAUUAAAGUUCUCAGAUUGAAUUUAAGCAAAUCUAAUCAAUGUUCAAAUGAAAUCGAAACUUCUAUGGAAAGUGCUGGUGAAGUUAUGGCUAUUGGUAGAUCAUUUGAAGAAGCUUUUCAACAAGCGUUAAGAAUGGUUGAUAAAGAUAUAACUGGUUUUGAUCCAUAUUCAAGAACAAUUACAGAUAAUGAAUUGAUCACUCCAACUGAUGAACGUGUGUUUCUAUUAGCAACAGCUCUUUAUCAAGGUUAUACAAUUGAACAUAUAUUUGAAUUAACAAAAAUUGAUCGAUGGUUCCUCAAUAAAUUUGAAUCAAUUAUUCAAUUUAUCAUUCAAUGUUCUCAUUCAUCAACUGUUGAAGAUCGAACACUUUUACUUGAAGCACAACAAUUAGGUUUUUCUCAUAAACAAAUUGCGCAAUAUUCUCAUAUUGAUGAAGAUGAAGUUCGUGCAUCAUGUGAACAUUAUGAUAAUUGA